AUGCCACGAAGAGUCGGAGGACCGCGUUCAAGCUGGCCCAACAAGAACAUCCCCCUUCGGACGACAUCAUCCGCAACCUCCGAUUGCAGAGACAAGAUGACUUAUGGAUAUUUCAUGGACGAAUCAAUAAGACCCUUGAUCUACCUUCCCCAUGGUAGAAUUGGCGAACUCUUCGUUCUCGAUAUCCACGAACGUCACGGCCACGCCAGUACAUCAUAUACGCUAGCGGCAAUUCGUGAAAUUGUUUGGAUAACUCAAGGGAGAAGCUACGUGAUGAAGAUUCUCACCCGUUGCCGACAAAGCAAAGAAAGCGUCUGCAUUCGUCAGGAUGACUGCACCAUCAAGGAUGUGGCCACCACGCACGUCCGACCGAACAGAACCACGGCUUGUUUUGAGCUUCACGACGCUAGUGGGAACCUUGCCUACACCGUUCAAGUGAGGGCGAUCAGCAUCGUAUCCUACUGCAAUCAGGAGACGGUGUUCUACAGCCGCGAUUAUACGCUCGCAUCUGAAUCGAGUCAUCGCUGUGCCCACGAAGGGUCAUGUUCCGCAAACAAGUGCCAGACGACCAAAGUUGCCCAACCUGGUCUACCGCUAUCGACGCAGAAGUGCAAAUUAAUGAGGGAAAAACAUGACCAAUCUUACCAUAACGGGGACUGGCUUCUCGAUACCACCAAUCCCUCUCCACGGAGCAGCUUUCAUUCGAUCACAUCCGGCUCAUCACGACGAAACGCCAGCAUUUGCCUUCACGCAGUCAGCUCUGGGGUUGCCCGGAGUGCCAAUGGCUGGAACCAUUGGAACCUUCCAGUGCGCGUCCCUUGCAGAUGCCCGAAAUUUCAAUUGUCGGUUCAACGAAGAUCAAUGCCACUGCCGAAGCACAGGUACUCAAAUGAGAUGCACGUGUGGCUUCUUCUCGAUGAAAGCAAUAGUGAAUAA